GCCACAAAGUCAUAAACCCCUCUAUAUCUACAAUAUUCAUAAAGUCAGAUUUUAAACCUAACCUUAACCACACUGCCAACCUUAUACCUAACCUUAAAUUAAGACCAAAAAAGCACAUUUUUGUUUUCAUGAAUUGUUUUGCAUAUUUUGGACCAAUUUAGACUUUGUGGUUGUGGUAACUAGUGAAAGCCUUAAAUCAUCCGGAAAAGGAACGCUAUUGACAGUGAAGCUGGCCUACUUGGUGAUGGUGGGGUUGUGAGAACCUGGACUACAAGGAAGGCACAGAAGACGACAGGCUGGGAAGUACUGAAACAACCAUCAUGCUCAGGAACUGCACUGUCAAUGUUAAGGACAUUACUGCAAGGCUGUCAAGUGCUCACUGACUAGCUGACCUCUUAUAGGGCCCUUUCCCUUACUUUUGACUUCAUAGGAGGGCACGAGUAGACACACUAACAAAUGCAGUAAGAGGGAAAUAAUUUUCACCCACAAACGGACACACUCUUGAAUUGAAACCAUGGUGGAUAACCGCUACGCUACGGCCCUGGUCAUUGGCUCAGUUCUGAGUCUGCUGGCCACUGUCUAUCUCUCCAUUGCUGUGGGAACACAGCACUGGUACCAGUACCGAAGUCCGCCCGGCAACCACGAGGCAAGCAACGCUUCGGAGCUCCGCGAGGAUUUCAUCAACGGGGAGUUUGAUGAAAAGACCUACAGCGACACGCUGUUCCGCCUCAACGGCACUCUGGGGCUGUGGUGGAGGUGUGUGCAGGCGCCAGGCCAGUCACACUGGUUCAAAGAGCCUGAUCCUAAACUGGUAACACAGUGUGUGAGCUUCACUCUGCCUCAGCAGUUUGUACCCAAGUACAAAGAACCAGGGAAUCACAACACUGGGGAGGACCUGCUUCGGACAUACCUGUGGAGGUGUCAGUUCCUGCUGCCUCUGGUUUCCCUAGCCUUGGUGUUCCUCAGCGGGCUCGUCGGUGUGUGUGCCUGCCUCUGCCGCAGCAUCACCCCCACCCUGGGUGUAGGAGUGCUCCACCUGCUGGCAGGUCUGUGUUCCCUGGGCACAGUGUGCUGCUUCUUGGCUGGCAUGGACCUUCUCCGCAGGGUCUCGGUGCUUCCCGACGGUGUGUACGUCUCCCUGGGCUGGUCCCUCUACCUUGCCCUCAUCUCCUCACCGCUGCAGAUGAUGGCUGCCGCCCUCUUCCUGUGGGCCGCCCGGAGCCACCGCCAGAACUACACCCGCAUGACUGCCUACCGGGUGGCCUAAAGCGACUGGGGUUUAUUUUGUGUCAGGGUUGCGUUCCGUAAGAGCAUAACGUUUUGAAAUGGAAAAUGUGAAGUUGUAGUGUUUCCAGUCACAUGCAGACUCUAAUUUGUAGAAGGCGAGAUUGUUUCUAUGAAAUGGUUACGUUUCUAAACAUUUUACAAACUGCAUGUUUUACUGAAUGUGACCCUAAACUAAUCCUAAAUGGCAGUCUACACAACAAUGAUUUAUACUCCUGAGGGGUAUCCUACGAAGCAGAUUUGAGUAGUUAGCAAAGUAACUUUGGUCAAGUCUGAGUUCAAUUCGGGAUACCAGUCAUACGAAAGUGGCUCGCCUUUUAGCCAAAUACGUACAUUUCUAUGACAACGAACCCUUCAGACUACCUUGCAGCUAACUCCACUUACCCUGAAUAAAAUGACUGAGCCUUGAGUUGAGAACCAAUGAAAUCACAUUCCCUUCUAUCAACGAUUGCGUUGUCAUCCCUUUCAUUUGAGGAAGACGAAUGAUUCAAUCAUUUAAUGAAAUGUUUUGUUUGUGUAAAAAAAAAAAUAUGAAUUUAUUACUUUACACAAUUAGGAAUGACCGAAUACAUUUCAAACUUCACCCAAUGUAACACUUUUGUAUAAAACGUCAUACAUAUUUUUGGGGUGAUUGGAGUGGGAAGAAAGUGCUUGUGCGUUGAGGAGCACACAAGGCAUUUCACAAGAAGUAAUAAAACAAAGAUGGCUGGUUAAUAUUGGAAAACCCUGAGUAGUUUUAGCUUGCUUCGUUGGAUACCCCUCUGCUCUUGGAAGACCUUUGUAUGUUCGCGUCUGUCUUAGCCCAGCACCUAAGCUGUUAAAGGUCCAGAUCUGGGUCACGUUCAGGGGGGUGCAAAGUACUGAAACAUUGCGAAUAGAAAUGUGAUAAUUAGAGCUGACAUUUCUUACUCGUCAUGUCAGAGUAUCUGAAGGCUCCACAACCGUUGUGCCCUACUGAACACAACUCGAGUGAUUUUGUGCGGAGCUGGGACGUGGCAUGAAGAACACCGGGUGGCCCAAUGAUUCACUCUGUAACAGCUACGCAUUUACAGUGUUGUCAUGGCAACCCUCCCCGUUACUAUACCUUGAAUGACAGAUUUUAGGGUGACAAUCUUCACAACACCUUAACUACACCCCACAGGGUGGCCUAAACAAUCACUCCACCUUAAGCACAACUGUUUGACAGCUGACACUAGCCAAUAAAACCUCAAACGAGACAUCACCUGUAUAAACAUCCUUAGAGACUAGUGGUUGAUUUGAUUUGAUUUUACGGUUAAUUUGUCCCCAGCAGCACGUACUGUAUGUGCAUCAGGUAUAACAAAACCUGUGGUUGAUUAUGAGGUGAGGUGCGUUAUGUUUUUCUUGAAACCUUUUGUUUGUAGGUGCAUCUUUAGCGAUGCUUUUUUUAAAUUCAAGUUAACAACAGUUGGAGUCAUAGUUUGCCUUUUCCUCUGUAACCAUCUCUACCAUUUAUGAAUGAAAGCUUUUUGCAUCACUGCAUGGAUAGAUCAUCCUAGCCUUUUUUGUGGGUUUUCCUAAACUAAAUAUUUUUGUGGUUUUGUAUUAUGUUAUCUAUAGCGCGGUGUAGUGACAUGACCCCAUUUGCCUACAUUUCAUUUUACAUUUUAUUUCAGCAGAUGAGAAUUUUCUGCUUAAUUUUGUCUUAUGUUGAUUGAAUGUCACCUAUUGGAAUGUAACCACUUUGCCAUUGUCGUCCGUAUUUGUUAACUUAAACUUUUUGAAUGUAAAGACAUUUUGUCCUGUUGUUUUGACGCCACUAUAGCUAACCUGUGUUUUGAUUUUCCUCUUGAUGUUUAUUAUAUUUCUUUCAGUUAUGUUGAAGUAAGUGUAGUUACAAUACUUAGGUUUUCUGAAGCCUACAGUGUUUUGAAGCCAGGUUGAAACUACCAAUGACAAGACAACUGGCACUAACUCCAAGUACGCUUGGUAAAUGAGCACUCAACAAAUAUGGUUUACCGGGACACAUUUUAUGAAGGGUGUUUAAAUGUGUUGAAACACAUUGUGUUUUUAUAUGUCACUAUACCUAAAGCACACUGCUUAUUUUUUCCCCCAUAAGAAUAAAGUAAACCUAUGCAGA